AUGGAACUUUUAAAGCUUAAAGAAGAGGAAAAUGAAAUAGUCAUAAGAGCCAACAAUCUAACCGUCUCAACAAGAGAAGAAAAGUCUUGGUGGAGAAGGAAGGCAACUAGAUCUAAGAAAACUAUAUUAAAUAAUGUUUCAGCAUGUAUGAAAACUGGAGAUUUUGUCGCGAUUAUUGGCCCAAGUGGCGCAGGAAAGACCACAUUCCUUACAUCUCUGGCUGGCAAAUGUAACUUGGUCUCUUCAGGCUCAAUAGCAGUAAACAAUACGGAGGUCGUGAAUAUUCGGUCAGGCUUGAUCGAGUUGGUCCCUCAAUUCGAUGUUUUUAUGGAUCACCUGACAGUUUCGGAACAUUUGAUUUUUAUGACAGAAAUGAAACUCGGGAGCGUGAAUGAAGAAGAAAAUAGAAAUCAUUUAACAUUCCUAAUACUUGAACUCAAAUUAAAAGCACUAGAAAAUAAUACUAUUCGUAGUCUAUCAGGUGGUGAAAAGAGGUUAUUGUCGCUAGCAACAUCCUUAAUAGUAAGCCCGAUAAUUUUAAUCUGUGAUGAACCAACCACUGGUCUGGACAGCUACAACGCGUCCCUCGUCAUCGGUGUCUUAAAAAAGCUUUCCCAAGGCAAAAUAGUUAUUUGUACAGUCCACCAACCGUCCUCAGACCUCUUCAACGAGUUCAACUCAGUCUGUUUGAUGUCUGAAGGAAAUCUCGUCUUUUGUGGAAGUCAGAGUGAAUGCAAAAAUCAAUUUGAGCGGUUAAAACUUCACUGCCCAGUUAAUUUUAACCCGGCAGAGUUUUACAUACGCGCUAUAUCAAAUGGUUCUGUUGAGUUCUUGGAAAAUAACCAAGAACCUUGUUUUAGAACCGGUUCAUCACUGACAUUGCCACAGAUUAAAACAUGUCAAAGAAAUUGGUUUAAACAGAUACAACUAUUGAUUUGGAGAUCAUCUCUAUCAAUAAACAGAGACUUUAAGGAUUAUUUAUUACAGUUAUUCGUAAGUACGCUCAUCUCCUCUAUGAUCAUUGGAACCUGUUACGUCGGCAUAUCUGGAAGGACACAGCGAGGUGUUCAAGACCUAAAGGGCUUUCUAUGGCUUAUGUGCUCGGAAGUGUCAUUUAGCCUGUCCUAUGUAGCGUUGUACGCAUUUGAAGGUGACCUUACUCUAUUUAAGCGGGAAGUGGGCGUGUACAGAACUUCCGCUUUCUAUGUAUGCAGGUUUUUGUGUUUGUUGCCAAAGUGCCUAAUAUGGCCCAUAGCGUAUGUGUUGAUAGUGACUUUGGCGGUUGAGUUACCGAACUAUAUUUUAACUGCCUUCAAGUUCUCUUUUGCCCUCAUCAUCACAGCCAUUGCGUCAUCUGCCUAUGGUCUCGGUAUGGGUGCCCUCUUCACAUCAACCGGUGUAAUGGGUGACGUUAUGCCAUGCGCUGAUCUUCCACUCUUUAUCAUGUCGGGAGCCUUCAUCCGUCUGUCAUCCCUCCCAAUAUGGCUUCUGCCCUUGAAGUACAUAUCCCACUUUUACUACGGCAUGGAUGCCGUCAGCAAUAUUUAUUGGAGACAGAUUGACACGAUCGAUUGUCCCACCAACUCCACAUCAAUUUGCUACAAAGACGGUAUUGCAGUACUAACAGAAAAUGGAUAUUCAAAUAAUAUAAGUGAGAACUAUUUAGGCUUUGCAUUCGUUACUGUAUUAUGGAACCUUUUGGGUUACUACGGACUGAAAAGGGAAGAAAAUAAAGGGUAUAUUUAUUAA